AUGGCGACCAUCGCAGCUGGAACAGCCGUCCCCACAGCAGCGCUCACUGCCAGCAGAGCAGCUUCCGCUGCUUCCGCCUCCAGCUUCGCCCGCUCCGUCGUCCCUUCGCCUCUCCCCGCUCCCCUCUCCGCCGCUCCCCGCGCUGGUCGCAUCCAUCUCCUCCGCUGCCGCGCUGCUGCUGUCGAGGAUGGAGCCGUGAAGGAGGUGGCGGUUGAGGCGGAGGAGCUGAGCAAUGGCGCAGCUGUGGCCGCCCCGACUGUAGACGAGGUGCAGUCGCUGCUGAUGGAGCUCUGCGACGAGACUCGGGAGGUCCAUCGAGUGCAGUCGCUGCUGAUGGAGCUCUGCGACGAGACUCACAUCGCCGAGCUUAAGGUCAAGGUCGGCGCCUUCUCCCUGCACGUCAAGAGGGACGUGGAUGGCAGCAUCGGGAAUGCCGUGGCUGCAGCUGAAGCCUCCGCCGCGGCCGCCGCGGCCCCUGUGGUGUACGCUGCGCCAGUGCCCGCCUUCCCCAUGGCGGAGUCCCUCCCUGCGGCUGAGCCUGUGGCGGAGGUGGCUGCUGAGCCUGAGAAGCCCAAGGACGAGGGUCUUGUCUAUGUGACGUCGCCGCGGGUGGGCAUCAUGCGACGUGGCAAGCUGUACAAGGGCAAACACGGCCGGCCAAUUGUGCUCGAGGGUGCAGUGGUGAAGAAGGGGCAAGCCAUGUGCUUCCUGGAGCAGCUGGGAACCAACCUGACGAUUGAGACGGAGCAUGCGGGCACAGUGGUAGAUUUCCUGGUGGAGGAUGGAGUCCCUGUGGGCUACGGUGAGCCCCUGGCGGCCAUUCGCCCAUCUUUCCCCGGCAUCAUGAAGCUCACCUGA